GAGAAAAGCAUGAAGCAAUUCAAUCGAACGAGAAUGAGAAUGAGAACGAGGACGAGAACGAUAACCCGAAGCUGCUUCACCCUCCUUCAAUUCUUCUAUUUUUCUCGUCCUUAUUUGACUUCUGCUAUUCCUCCUUGAAGCCCUAACCCUAACCCUUAUCCACAUUCAAAUUAGGAUUCCUCCUUUCGUGAUUUUGCUUCCAACUUGCUACAAACACAGACACACACUCAUACCAUGGAGACUCAGUUCAAUCACAACCUCUUCGAGCGGCGUCCCUUCCUCAAAUCCAAGGCUCCCGCCGUUAAAUGGGUCAAACAAUGGGUUCCUCAAGACGUUGUAGCUACUGGCGGGAAGUGCAUGCUCCUAAGAUGGGUAACAGAGGAUUCCUUAAAGGCCUUGAAAGAAAAGGAAAAAGAGCCUUCUGCACCUGAGCCUGAACCAGAGCCAACUACUGAAGUACUUUUCCUAUGCAGCUACGAGGGCUGUGGAAAGACAUUCAUAGAUGCUGGUGCUUUGAGGAAGCAUUCUCACAUCCAUGGAGAGAGGCAAUUUGUUUGCCACUAUGAGGGAUGUGGAAAGAAAUUUCUGGACAGCUCAAAGUUGAAAAGACAUUUUCUCAUUCAUACAGGGGAAAGAGAUUUUGUGUGUCCUCAUGAAGGUUGUGGUAAGGCCUUCUCCUUGGAUUUCAACCUGCGGUCCCACAUGAAAACACAUUCACAAGAGAACUAUCAUAUCUGCCCAUACCCAGAUUGUGGAAAGAGAUAUGCUCACGAAUACAAACUAAAGAAUCAUAUUGCGUCUCAGCAUGAAAAGAAUGCAUCAGUGGAUUUGACAAAGUAUACUCCACCAUCGGAAAAGCCAGCGAAACCAACUAAACCUGCUAGUGGAACUUACGGUUCUGCAUCAUCUGAUCGCCCUUAUGCAUGUCCUUAUGAAGGGUGUGAAAAAGCAUACAUCCAUGAAUACAAGCUUAAACUCCAUUUGAAGAGGGAGCACCCAGGCCAUGAUGAAAAUGCUGUGCGUGCACAAGCUAAUGCUGACAAUGAAAUGGAUGAAGCGAGUGAACAAGACGCCUAUGGUCGAAAACGAUCAAAUGGUAAAAGUCAGAAGCAAAGUAGACCGAAACCAAGCUUGAAGUUGCCUCCUGCCAAAAUCGCCCAACGAAAAGGGUCAGCUCCUACUCCAGCCGCAUCAAAUGCGAUUAAAAAGUCAUGGCCAGUGAAAGAAGAAGUCUACGAUGAAGAUAGUGAAGAAACAGAAGAGGAUCGUGACAACGUUGAAGAUGGUUGGAGAUAUGCUGCAAACAACGAUGAUGACGAUGAGGAAACAGAAUAUGAAGACUGAAAUUUACCUAUGGCUCUCCCCUAUAUUUUAUUUAUCCAAGUACCAUUUUCAUUGACACGAUUUUAUUGGUUAUUGCAAGUAUAUAUAUAUAUAUAUAUAUAUAG